AUGCUAUCCUGGAUUGAAGCAAUAUUCACUAUUGUAAUUGCAUUCAUCGUAAUCAUCGUUAUAAGGAAUAGAGGAGAUAUUAUACAAUAUUUUAGAAUAUGGAAAUCACUUCGAAAAUUUCCAUCACCUCCAUCACAUUGGCUAAUGGGCCAUUUGUUACAGCUUGGUAAACCUGAUGAGGCUUGCAUUCAAAUGCUCGAGAAACGUUGUCCCAGUUAUGAUACGUGCUUUGUCCAUUGGUUUAGUAUUUUCCCCGUUCUUUGUUGUAACAACAGUGAUGCAGCUAAAGAUAUCAUUAAAGCAUCGUCACCUAAAGGUAGCUGGUUUUAUAAGCUGGCUACACCGUGGCUGGGGCAUGGAUUGAUUGCAGAAAAUGGUCCUAGAUGGGCAAGGAAUAGAAGAUUAUUAACACCAGCAUUCCAUUACGAUAUUUUAAAGAAUUAUGUACGAAUUUACAAUGAUUGUAUAGAUACCAUUAUUACCAAAUGGAAAGCCCGAGAUGAUAAAGGAGAAAGCUUUGACACUUAUGAAGACCUGAAAUUGUUAACACUUGAUGUUAUAUUACAAACUGCUUUUUCCAUAAAGUUAGAUUGCCAAACAAUAGGUAAAUAUCAUCCCUACAUCACGGCGUCAAGGCAGCUAACGCGCUUACUUCUAGAACGAGUUCACUUUUUACCUUAUUCAUUCGAUUGCAUUUAUCGAUGGAGUCCAAGCGGUAAGAAGUUUUUGAAACUUUGUCAUUACGUAAACCAAUUUUCUGAUGAAAUCAUUAGCAGGAGAAAAGAAACAUUAACGAAUAAUAAUAUAAAUCAACAAAGCAGUCAAAAUAGGCGAGGGAAGCAUAUGGAUUUUGUAGAUAUAUUAUUACAAACACGCGAUGAAGAUGGAUAUGGUUUAAACGUUCAAGAAAUUCGAGACGAAGUCAACACAUUUAUGUUCGCUGGCCAUGAUACAACAUCGAGUGCAUUAGCUUGGACACUCUAUUGCUUAGCUAAAUAUCCACAACAUCAAGAUAAAGUUCGAGAAGAAGCCGACGGGAUUUUAUGCGAUAAAGAUAAUAUAGAUUACGAUGAUCUACAUAAACUAAACUAUACUCACAUGUGCAUUAAAGAAGCUAUGCGAAUAUAUACACCAGUACCUACUAUAGAAAGAAAGUUAAAUCAAGAUUUGACAGUCAAUGGUAUGCUGGUUCCAGCAAGUACAACUGUAUUUUUACAACUUCAUACCUUAUGUCGAAGAUCAGAAGUAUGGCCUAAUCCAUAUCAAUAUGAUCCGCAGCGAUUCACAGCUGAAAACAUUCAAAAUCGGGAUCCGUAUCAUUAUAUACCAUUCUCCGCUGGCCAACGUAAUUGUAUUGGCAAAAAUUUUGCUACAGACGAGUUAAAAAUUGUUGUUGCUAAACUUGUCCAUCACUUACAGAUAGAAAUUGAUCCGAAAAUGCAACCAACGCGUUAUUAUGCUAUGGUAAAUCAGCCAGAUAAGGGAAUAUGGCUUAAAAUUAAGAGACUUAAAUAA